AUGUUGUCCUCAGUGCAGCCUGCAGUGAAUGCCAGCACUUUCCUGCAGUAUCAAACGUCGCAGGAGCUGCUGCUGUUGGGCCUGCUGUCGGUGGGCCUGAGCUGCUCCUUCCUCUACGUUAACUCUGUGCUGCUGUUCUCUCUGAGGAGCAAGCCGCUGUUCUGCGAGACGUCCCGUUACAUCCUCCUCUACAACCUGCUCUUUGCAGACACUGCCCAGCUGCUGUCCAGCCUCCUGCUCUUCCUGCUGGCUUCUCUGCGGGUAAAACUUCCAUAUUAUGCUUGUGGCGCUCUCGUUCUGCUGUCAGUCGCCACAAGCACCAUCUCCCCGCUAACACUGGCUGUGAUGUCCGUUGAGAGGUUCGUGGCUGUGUGUUACCCACUGAGACAUGCUGCCGUCUUCACCGUGAGGAGCACCAGCGUGGCCAUCGCCCUGGUGUGGGCCUUCAGCUUCGUCCACAUCCUCAUUCGAGCUUUCAUGCUCUUGUAUGUAUUCACAACGAUCUCCCCGAGUGUGCACAUGAAGGACUUUUGCAGUAAAGAAGCAUUUUUUUUUGCCUCGAUCUUUUAUGAUUUUGAAGAUGUGUAUGCUGGUACGCUCUUCCUGUUAGUGGGUGCAGCCAUCGUGGCCUCCUACGUCGGGGUGGUUCUGGUUGCCGGGUCUGUUCACACGGACAAAGCCUCGGCCAGGAAGGCUCUGCACACGCUCCUGCUGCACCUGAUUCAGCUGAGUCUGACUCUCACCUCCACCCUGUUUUCCACCAUUAUCAUGGCCAUCGGCAGAACUGAGGGGCGGUUAGUGCUCGCCCGGAUCUACAGCGUGGGCUUCGUGUGCCUGAACAUCCUCCCGAGGUGUCUGAGCGCGCUCAUCUACGGACUCAGAGACCAAUCCAUCAGAGCCGUCCUCAUGCACAACCUCUGCUGUCUUUGCAGAUGCUCAACUCCCCCCAACAAGAGUCAUUUUCAGAUGUGA